UAGGAAUGUUUUGUAGUUAUCUGUGGUUCAGAAUUAACCUCAAAACAUGCUGAAAACCUCAAAGUGUUUUUGUUUAUGUGAACAUAAAUUAUUAAUAAUAUAUAGUUGCCUCUGAAGAUAUUUUAUAAUCAUAGCGUUGUUUUCUCUAUUCAGUCAAUAUGUCUUUGUUUCGUCAAAAAGUUAUAAACUCCAUUUUAACAGACCGAUUUGGGCCUGUAGUAGCAAAAGUGGGCACUUUUCUGCUGCAAAAUGAAACUAAUCCUUUUCUGUUUAUUAAAAGGGGCACCGACCUAACAGUCUCACUGGUGAAAGACUCAUUGUGUAUUUUAAUUAAAUAUGGCCUAGUCACGUUCAAACCGAAUAAAAAUGAGAAAUUGGCCAAUUACUCUAUCAACUCCGACAACGUGCUUCUUAUGCUGAGGUAUCCGAAAUAUUUGCACCAUAUCAAGAAGCUAUUUGGGGAUGAGUCCGAAAUGAUAAUAGAAGAAAUCUUGCAAAGAGGUUAUUGGACCGGCUCAGAAGUAAUCUUGAAAGUAAACCAAAGACGACCCCAGAUCAAGUCUAGAUCGCAGCCACUUUCCGAUAUAAAGGAGAACUUGUGCUGCUUGAUUACAGCCAAAUAUCUUCAAAGAGUGCCUUAUUCAGUCGAAGAUGCGGCCGUUCCUAGCUUGAUUAUGUCCGAAGACUGCGCUUCUGACUUAAACAAGAUUGAUAUCAAGCUCCUCAUAAGCCACCAGAAGGACAAAUCUGUACAACUAUCAGAUCAAAAUAUUUACUGGACCGUUAAUUUCGAUAGGUUUCAUCAGGAUAUGAGAGAUGAAAUCGUUGUAAAGGCUUUUACAAAGAAGUUUGGUGAAAAUGCUGGCAGCAUUAUCAAAUUAUUCCUGCGGCAAAUGUAUAUAAGAACAAACCCAUGGGCUGAAGUCUGUAAUCCUGUCCCAGCCCUGGAAAUUAAAGACAUUUUGAAGAAACAGGCUAGUCAAUCGUUGGCUUUGGCCUUCUUUGACCAGUACCUCAGCACAAUGGAACAAGACAACAGCAACUUGCUCAGAAAGGCUGGAGAAGCCAGUGGGGGUUCGUAUCAGCUCUACUUAAAAGAAGCCUUUACUCAAUUUACGUGGGAGUUGGUGGAACAUAUUGUCCUGGAAAAGCACGACUCGAAAGCUGCAAGGAUAUUUAGAUUGGUAAAAUCGCAGCCCUAUAUCGAACCCGACCAAAUCCAGCAGCUCGCCAUGAUACCGGCAAAAGAAGCGAAAAGGCUCUCCUAUCGUUUAUAUGAGGAUAAGUUUCUGCAUAUUCAAGAAUUAAAGAAGGCGAGUUCAAAUAAUGGUCCUGUGAAAAACUAUACACUUUUCCAUAUACAUUUGGAGAGUGUGGCUAGUAUGCUGCUGGAAAUGUGCUAUAAAACGUUGUACAAUCACAUUAGUAGAAGGCACUUUGAAAAGCAACAAAGCAAGCGAAUUAUUGACAAAAAGCACAGGGUAGACACUAUUCUGAUGGGGAUGCAAGCUCAGGGGGCUGCAGAAGAACAAUUAUCGGAUAUUGAAGAGUUGCUUACUCCCUCAGAGGAGGAAGUUCUUAAGAAAAUAGACAGAGUGAUGAAGAAACUGAAUAUAGUUGAGCUGGAAGUAGAUGAUACAAUUUUCAUGCUAAACAUGUACUUAAUUUAUGUAAGUUAGUAGUUAAAAAAUAAAUAUUUCUAAACA